AUUCAGGGGGGCAAGAUGGAGGGAUCUGUGCGUGUCCAGCCUUUCUUCUUCUUGUUCUUGGCCUCCAUCUUCUGCUGUGAUCUUGGCACUUUUAGACUGGUUAACAGUAGAAGCUGUGAGCUCCUGUCUGACGGGAGCAUCUGUGGAUCCCACCGGAAUGGCUAUGAUGGGCGGGAUUUCAUCUCCUUUGACCUGGAAUCCGGGAGAUUCAUGGCGGCUGACAAUGGUGCUGAGAUCACCAGGAGGCGCUGGGAACAGGAAGGGGUGGCUGAGCAAUGGACGAAUUACCUGAAGCACGAAUGCCCGGAAUGGCUCCGGAAAUACGUCGGGUAUGGGCAGAAGGAGCUGGAGCGCAAAGAGCCCCCUGAUGUCCACGUGUCCAGAAGAGAGGAACACGGGACGCUGAUCCUGUCCUGCCAUGCAUACGGAUUCUACCCCAGCACCAUCGCAGUCAGCUGGAUGAAGGGGGGUGAAACCUUGGAUCAGGAGACGGAGCGGGGCGGGAUUGUUCCCAACAGCGACGGCACCUUCCACACCUGGGCCAGGAUCGAGGCGCUGCUGGAGGAGCGGGAGCAGUACCGGUGCAGGGUGGAGCAUCCCGGAAUGCCAGAGCCCGGGAUCUUCGCUUGGGAGCCAACAUCUGGCGGGAAUCUCACCGUGGUGGUCGCUGUGUCUGUCAUCGCUGCCAUCCUCAUCCUCAUCGGAUUCGGCGUCUGGAAGCUCCAAUCUGGUAACACACGGGAUGGGGGUUGGGAAGGGACACGGAUCCACCCAGCACCGUUCUGGGAAUCCUGUGCCACUGAUGCUGAUCCCACUUUGUUUACACAGGGAGAGGGACAGGAAUGGAUACAACCCAGCAGUCUGUGAGUUCCGGUGGUGGAUCCAACUCUGGAUCCCCUCUGUGCAGAUCCCAGGAUGGAUCCUGGGGUUAAUCCUGGUGUGUGAUCUGUGCUGGAAUCUCAUGGAUCUUCUCUUUCUGCCGGAAAAGACAUGGGAAUGAAUGGCUCUGCUGCAGUAAUCACCACCUGAGUGAUCCAUGGAGCUGGAGCCAGCUCCUUCCCUCUUCCUGGGAAAUCUGAGAGCUGCCAGUAGAGCUCAUCCUGCUGCUCCCACCUGCCCUACAGCUCUUGCUAAUGGAUUCAUUUCCUCUUUUCUGUUUCCCAGUGUUUUAAAGGCAAGAACCACAAAUAUUACAAUGCUUCACUUUUGGUGUGAAAUUAUCCUGCUUGGGGCAAUAAAUCCUGCCUGGGGCAAUGUCCUAGAUUGUCCAGCAAAUUGUAUUCUGUUUACUAUCUGUAUGGCACUUGUCUCCUGUUAAGUAGGCAGUUUUCCCUAUCUCUUUCACAACUGGGGAGACAUCUGCUGAUAACAGGCUAUGGAAUGUCACUGCAUGACUGAUAAGAAUUACAGCAACCCCGUGUGAGAUGCUCCGCCCAGAGAGGGGAGCUAAGCAUGGAUAAUAUGUGGAUAUAAUCCUGAGUUUCUGGAACACCAACAUGGCUUCUCCACUGGAUUUCCCAGAGGAAACAGCUGCUUUCUUCCCCGGCACCUUCAGAGGAAGACUUCACCCUUUCUACAGGAUCCCUGCUCCAACAGAACCACACCUGACACUCCGGAGGACUGCAGCCACAAUUCCAAUUGGACUGCUGCCAGCACCCUGACCAACAGGGUGUCAGUGUUGGUUGGAUUUACUGCAUUGUUUAUUUUAUCCUUUUAUUUUCUUCCCUAAUAAAGAACUGUUAUUUCCUGCUCCUA